AUGUUAUCUGUAUCAGAGAUUCCUGCAACACAAACGGCCAUUAUACAACAUGAUGGAAGCGAGCUCAGGAUUACAUCGGGCUUACCCAUUCCUGAGCUGGAGGCUAACGAUAUACUUGUGCGGACCGCGUCCGUGGCACUGAAUCCUUGUGAUUUUAAGAUGCCCCUACGUUUUCCCACUCCUGGACUCUGGGAUGGAUGUGACUUCUCAGGUACCGUCAUCGCCCUAGGUAGUAAAGCGGCCGAGAAUGCUCGAUUCCGUCUUGGCGACAGAGUCUUCGGAGCUGUUCAAGGGUCAAACCAAUCCGACCCGACCUCUGGAUCCUAUUGCGAAUACCUGAAGAUUGAUCAGGAUUUUGCGUUUCAUAUUCCGAAAGCGGUGGAUUUCAAGGACGGACCCGCAAUCUCCGGUACUGGCAUCGCAACACUUGGGGUUGCCUUAUUCUGGUCGCUUCAAAUUCCUGGAAGCUUAGCAGACCCCUCGAAAAUCCCCGUGGAUGUCCUCGUCUAUGGAGGAAGUAGUACUAUUGGACUCCUGGCUAUUCAGAUGGUAAAACUAUGCGGCCAUCGUGUUAUCACAACAUGCUCCCCAAAGAACUUCGAUCUGGUCAGGUCCUACGGUGCUGAUCUGGUUUUCGAUUACAAGUCGGACACUUGUGCACGAGACAUUCGGGCUGCCACAAAAAACACGCUUCGCUACGCUCUUGAUCCGUUCGCGGAGGCAAGUACCGUCCGAUUAUGCCAAGACGCUAUUGGCCGAACAGGGGGAAGAUACUGUGCGUUGGAGCAAUAUCAAGAGCAUCUUUGUACUCGAAAGACGGUCAAGAACGAUCUAGUCAUGGGAGGUGCUAUCUCUGGCAAUGGUGUGCAACUACCAGAACCAUAUGGAAUCCCCCGCGCCCCUGAAAUUGGGGACUGGGCUCGAUCGUGGUAUAAAACGAUUCAAAACUUGGCAGAUGCUGGCAAGUUGAGACCAAGCCCAGUCAGACUGCUUCCUGGGCGUUUUGAGGGCAUUAUCGACGGGUUGAAUCUGCUGAAAGAGGGUGCAGUCUCCGGUCAGAAGCUAGUCGUUUUACUAGAGGAGGCGGCAUAA